AUGUAGGAUCUUUCCCGGUCGGUUCCAGCUUUCCAAAAUCAACCAUAUUGACGCCUUCCAAAACCAUCAAAUGGCCUUUCCUCUUCUUACUUUUCUUCCUACCAAAGUAUCCAUCCAAAAAUACCCAUCGCGUUUUCAGUUUCCUCCGGUCAGAAAUAUCAGAGAAUUCAGGAAGUAGUAGAGUAUUUUCAUAAAUUUAUCUAACAAUAAGUUUUCAUUUUCCUCAAACCAAUAAGAAAUUCAAGAAACCGCUUUCAGUUUCCUCCAGUGAAUCAAGAAUUCAAGAAACAGGGGAAAGAAAGCGAAAAACACAGAACUGUAGGAAUUAAAUCAAGAUCAUUAUUAUUAUUUGUUAGUUUCCAUAUUGUUGGUUCUGAUCUCUUAAUUAUGUCGGUAGUGGUUUUUAAGUCCAGGUCCAAUUGUAUUAAAGAUUCCCUUUGUGGUUCGAAAGCUAAGUUUUAGGAAACUAACUGAUCUAUAUAUACCACUACUAGUAUUGAUGUUUCGUGCGCUGAGAAUUGAAAAGAUAAAAAAUUGGUUGUUGCCUCCCGAAGCUUUCCUUGCUUCCUUUCUUUCUUCCUUGUGCCGUUCUGGUUGUUUAUAUUUUCCCCUGCCAUAAUUGUUUCUUUGGUUUUGAGAUUUGUCUUGAUUUGUUUAUCCUGUGGGUUAUAUUCCUACAAUAACAGGACAAGAAUGGCUUCUUUCUGCACUGCUCAAGAAGAAGAAAAAGAUGAUUUUUUUGAUGAAUUACCAGACCCUAUUGUGUUUCUGAUUUUCAACAAGAACAUAACCAAAACAAGCAAAGCAAGCAAAAGACCAUCACAGAAACACUCCAUGAGGGUAAGAAAUCAUUCAAGAACAUUUUCACUAAAGCUAUUGCGAAGCCCUUCAAAUAUUUCACUCGAUUGCCUAAAUCAAGCUUAACCUCCCAAAUCCUACAAGUGAUAGUUGUUUGAGUUCAAUGAUAUGGAAAGCUGAGUUUGGGAGCAAACUUGAUUAUAUUCUGGCAUUACACGCCAAAGAUACUUCAGAAUUUGAUGAAAGCUACGAACUUUGUAGCUUUGAUAAGAAUUCUGAUAGUGGGGAUUCAGGAGAAUCAUCAAUGUUCAUGAAAGAUGAGGAGUUCGAUAAAAGGCUGACAAUGAUCUUGGCUUGCUUGGUUGUAGCAUCUGCGAGGCGCCUAUUGUUUCGCGAGACGUUGAAGGAUCAUCAGACUUUGCAGAAUGUGACAAUUUCGGAUGAAAAACAGAUAGGAACUUUUAGUAUGAAUCGCAGACAAAUUGAAGAGUUCAAAAGAGGUAUGAAUUCUAGGGAUUGGAUUAAGAAGACUUUAGUGGAGAGUGACAAAUCAACGCCAUUUUUUCGCAUGAAGGUUUGGGAUGUGCCUGAGUUGAAGCUGUCAGGAUGUACAAUGAAGGGGGUAACUCUGGUGGUGAUAGAGAGGAUUGAAGAGGAGAAUAAGAAGGUGGAGGAAAGCUGGGAUUGGGUGGUGAAGACUUUUGAUGGGGAAGGGGAAAAAGAGAAGGUGUUUAAUGAAGCUGUGAGGAAGUUGUUUGAGAAGAAAAGAAGUUACAUAAGCAGGGAGAUGAACUCAUCUUUUGACAUUCUUCAAUAGUAGGCAAAAGGGAUCAAGCAAGGAGAUUUGGACCUAUUCCACAUGAGGAAACAAAGAAUUAAUUACAAGAUUAAUUUCCUUUUUAAAAAAAAAAAUUUUUUUCUUUGAGAGCUGCCAUUUGGCUUAGUUGCUGGAGGUGUUUGCUGUCCGUAACUCACUUGGAAGGUUAGGUUUUGUGAAGACAACUUCUCAUGUAAAUACUUCAUGAAUAUGACUUGCUUAUUUUCAAUAUGUUAUAGAUUGUCGUGAAGCAUAUUCAUUUGCUAUAUAGG